UCCUGCAUGUUGUCUGUAAGCUGUGGAGAAGUUGUUACAAUUUGUAACAUCAGUGUUUAGUCCCUCCUUCCCUGCCAGGAUUUCAAAUGAUGCAGAAAGAGAAGAACUGUUAAACAGCUGGAUUUCAUCAUAGAAAAUGGCCUUUAUUGAUACUUUCUGAAGAAACCGAGAACUAUGAUGGGCAGGACUGUAUUUAGGUCUGAUGCCGCCCUAGACACCCUUGCGUUGUGCGCAUGAUGUCACAUGCUGUAUUCAAUGGAAGUGACUUCAGCACACCACACUCGUGACGUCACUUCUGCGUGCUUCCUCGACCCCCCUACCCCUCACCCCCUCAGCUCCGUCACCGGAUUUCCUAUGCCCACCUCUCCUCUGCUCCUUGCCCGUAUUAAGUGCCAGUAGCCUCCUUCUUCCUUCUCCUCCCCAAUGCAUUCUGAUUGGCCGUACUCCUGCCUAGGUCACCCUUAGUUUCAGGUAUGGUGACGGUUUUUAGCAACUGCCUGGGCUGGCAGAACAUGGAGCUGCUGCUGUCCCAGUUCCAGAGCCACCUGACCUUUGGGAUUCAGAGGGAGCUCUGUGUUGUGGUCCGUGUCGACUUGCUGAGUGAAUGCCAGCAGGCCAGGGCCCUGUACAACUCCGGUUUAGUCACUAUCUCCAAGUUGGCACGGGGAAAUGUCAUUGACGUGGAGACUGCCCCAAAGAACGCAGUGCCCUUUAAGAGUCUGUGCAGAGCGGUGAAUAAGGAAUAAGAGGCAGCAGGAGAGCGUAGGGCAGCCUGGUGCAUUUCGCUGUCCGGAAGGGCCUGAUUGAGAGAGAAGCUGUGCAACUCAUUGUGGAAGAGGUCAGGAGACUCCUAAAGCAUGACUUGGCCAGUGGAAUCCGGAGUCAAGCUUGAAAUAUUCCUCGGACUCUGGCAGAGGUUCUGCUAAUAAUUCUGCCCUUGGGGUGACACAGAAUGCUUUAAUUUCACCAGGAAAGAGUGCACAGCCCCAUCCGCAGCAGCAGAACCAGACAUGUGAGACCCGCCUGCAGCAGAAUAACCGGAUAAAUGAGCCAUAUGUACAUAACUCGGAUAGAAGAGAAAAGACUGCAGAGAAUAAGAAUUCCAGAGUCAAAUCUGACUGUGUUGGAGAAAGGAGCCCUGUGCAGCUUCAGAGUUCUACAUGGGCAGCACUUACAAACAAUGCCGGAUGUUGUGGCCUCUAAUCCCAACACAGUUCCCCAGGGAAUAAAAAC